AUAUUUCACGCUUGUGCUUGUUUUGAUACAUUUCAGCUCCUAGCACGUGUGGAAGGGUCGAGAUCGAAUUUUGGGAUAAUUGGAGGUAAAAAAGCGCAAAAAAGCCGAAGAAAAGUCCGAAGUAACAGUGAAGUGCAGGCGUCCAGGAAGCAGCCGUAGUUCACAGUCUCCUAAGACCGUGAACUGGAACCACAAACCAUGAACAUCAAGCAGUCCAGCGAGGUUUCAGAGAUUACUGACGCAAAGGGAGUUCACGGUC